AUGAUGGAAGUGAGACGAGACCUGCAACUCGAUCAUCCAGAAGACCCCAACAUUCUCGAGCGGCUGCUUCUCUCUCUUGGAGAAUUGUUAGGACUCUUUAAUUGGAGUGAGUCCGGAGAUGUCGUGGAGGCUGGAAGUCCGAGGAUGGAGGAGAGAGCUAGAGCUUCCCACAAAGCUGUUGACGAUCCCUUUUCAUUGCUUUUGUCUUAUUUGGCACCAGAACAGAUGCGACCCCCCACUGACGGGACUGCUAUGGUGGUCGUCGAUGACAUUGUGGAGGGUUAG